AUGACAGAAAAAACUGAAAAAUCUCAUAAAGAUUGGUGGCGUCAUUCAGUUGUGUAUCAAAUUUAUCCACGUUCAUUUUUUGAUUCAAAUGGUGAUGGUAUUGGUGAUAUUCAUGGUAUAACAAUGAAACUUGAUUAUAUUAAAAAAUUAGGUGUCGAUAUUAUUUGGUUAAGUCCAGUUUAUGAUUCACCAAAUCAUGAUAAUGGUUAUGAUAUACGUGAUUAUACAAAAAUUAUGACUGAAUUUGGUACCAUGGAUGAUUUUGAUCUUCUAUUAAAAGAAAUGAAAAAACGUCAUUUAAAAUUAGUUAUGGAUCUUGUUGUUAAUCAUACAAGUGAUGAACAUCCAUGGUUUCUUGAAUCAAAAAAAGCUAAAGAUAAUCCAUAUAGACAUUUUUAUCACUGGCAACCUGGUCAACAUGGACAACCACCAAAUAGAUGGCGUGCUUGUUUUGGUGGUUCAUGUUGGACAUACGAUAUUAUCACGAGUGAAUAUUAUUUACAUACAUUUACAGAAAAACAACCAGAUCUCAAUUGGACAAAUCCUUUGGUACGUGAAGAAGUUUAUAAAAUAAUGCGUUGGUGGCUUGAUAAAGGUGUUGAUGGAUUUCGUAUGGAUGUUAUUAAUUUUAUUUCUAAAGCCGAUGGUUAUCCCGAAGGUGAACCUAUUGAUGAUGAUCAACAUACAGAUGGUUCACCAUAUUUCAUAAAUGGACCACAUGUACAUGAUUAUAUUCAAGAAAUGCAUGAAAAAGUUUUAAGACAUUAUAAUCUAGUUACUGUUGGAGAAUGUCCAGGUGGUCGUUUAAAAGAUGCCGAAUUAUUUAGUUCACCUGAUCGAAAUGAAUUAAAUAUGAUAUUUACAUUUGAACAUAUGGAUUUAGAUGGUGGUAAAUGGACACCAAAAUUACUUGAUUUAAGACUUUUAAAAGAUCAUUUUACAGAAUGGCAAAAAUAUUUAUAUAGAAGAGGAUGGAAUAGUUUAUAUUGGAAUAAUCAUGAUCAACCAAGAAUUGUUUCACGAUGGGGAAAUGAUUCACCACAAUAUCGAGUAUUAUCAGCAAAAAUGCUUGCAACAUGUUUACAUUUUCUUCGUGGAACACCUUAUAUUUAUCAAGGAGAAGAAAUCGGUAUGACUAAUGUUCGAUUUUCAACAUUAGCCGAGUAUCGUGAUAUAGAAACAACAAAUUUUCAUCGUGAUGCAAUUCAAAAAGGUUUAUUAUUAGAAGAAAUAAUGGCAGCUAUUUAUGCUAAAUCACGUGAUAAUGCUCGUACACCAAUGCAAUGGUCUGGUAAAUUACCACAUGCUGGUUUUACUAAUGGUGCAGCUGAUGUAAUACCAUGGAUUAAUGUUAAUUCAAAUUAUGUAGAUAUUAAUGUUGAACAAGCUCUUGAAGAUCCACAAUCAAUUUUUUAUUAUUAUCAAAAACUUAUUGAAUUACGUCGACAAAUGGCAAUUCUAGUACAUGGUAAUUAUGAUAUAUUACAUAGAGAUAAUACACAUAUAUUUAUAUACAAACGUUAUAAUGAUGAAGGUCAAGAAUUAAUAAUUGCAUCUAAUUUUAGUCCAGAACAAACUAAAAUUGAUGAUAUUGAACUUUCUCAACGUUUAAAGAAUCAUAAACAAUUAUUAAUUAGUAAUUAUGAACAAGAUAAUAAAUUAGAUUGGCUUGAUUUUCGUCCUUAUGAAGCAUGGGCACUUGAAAUUUCAUAA